CCGCAUGCGCGUCCCCGGGCGCUCUGGCCGCAGCGGUCUUCGCCGCAGCCCGCGGAGCCCGAGCCAUGCGGGCCGCGGGGCCGGGGGCGCGCUCGGGGCAGGCGCUGCUGCUACUUUGGGCCGGGGCCGGGGUGUUGGCCGCCGCGUCGCCCCCAGCCCCGCCGCUCUUCAACGUGAGCCUGGACGCGGCGCCGGAGCUGCGCUGGCUGCCCGUGCUGCGGCACUUCGACCUGGACGUGCUGCGCGCCACGAUGGCGCACAUCCUCGGAAAGAAGGUCCCCCGGUGGGUCCACGCGUUGGUCGGAAAGGCGGUGGGGGAGCUGGCGCGCCUCCUGCCCCAGCCCUUCACCGACGAGAUCCGCGGCAUGUGCCAAGUCCUGGACUACAGCCUGGCCGACUGCCUGCUCCUCAACCUGGCUUACGAGUCCAGCGCAUUCUGCACCAGUAUCGUGGCUCAAGACUCCAGAGGCCACAUUUACCAUGGCCGGAAUCUGGAUUAUCCUUUUGAAAAUUUCUUGAACAAGCUGACCGUGGAUGUGCAAUUCAUAAAGAAUGGGCAGGUCGCAUUCACAGGAACCACGUUUGUUGGCUAUGUAGGAUUAUGGACUGGUCAGAGUCCAUACAAGUUUACAGUUUCUGGUGAUGAACGAGACAAAGGCUGGUGGUGGGAGAAUGUGAUCGCUGCCCUUUUUCAGAGACACUAUCCGAUCAGCUGGCUUAUCCGUACUACCCUGAGUGAGUCGGAAAACUUUGAAGCAGCUGUUUAUAAAUUAGCCAAGACUCCCCUUAUUGCUGAUGUUUAUUAUAUUGUUGGUGGUACGUCCCCCCGGGAGGGAGUGGUCAUCACGAGGAACAGAAAUGGCCCAGCAGACAUUUGGCCUCUAGAUCCUUUAAAUGGAGCGUGGUUCCGAGUUGAGACAAAUUAUGAUCACUGGAAGCCAGCACCUAAGAAAGAUGACCGAAGGACGCCUGCCAUCAAAGCCCUUAAUGCAACGGGCCAGGCAAACCUCAGCCUGGAGACACUGUUCCAGGUUUUGUCAGUGUUUCCGGUUUAUAACAACUACACAGUUUAUACUACAGUGAUGACUGCUGCCAGCCCAGAGAAGUACAUGACUAGGAUCAGAAACCUGGGUUAAAAAUGAUGUCUUAAAAAUGAGAUUUUUGAAGAGCUAGCUGUACUUUUAAAAAAAAAAAACAGAGGAUUGUAUUAUUUUAGGAAUAAUAUGGAAUCAUGCUCGUUAAGCUUUCCAGUCUUGUGAAGUGGGAAGCAGAAUCACUUUGCAGCUUGGGUAGGUAAAGUGGAUUAUAGGCACGCCUCACAUUGGCUUCCAUUUGUCGCUUGCCUUGACCCUCUCUAAGCUUUGUCUGUCCUGACUUGCACAACUCAACGAGGUCAACUCAGAGGGUGAGCCUCUUCUCACCACAACAUGUAGCAGUGGUGUCAUACAUCAGCCUCUGAAGAAAUGAGCUGGCAAGACUUCUGUUUAUUAUGAAGUGCUUCUGGAAGAGCUGGAAGAGCCUGAGAGAAAAGGUUCUCCUAAAAGAAAAUGGAGACCUGUAGUUUGAGUAGAGCCUGUUUGAGUGUGUUGUUAGUCUGAGCGUUGAUCACGUGUUUCCAUGGGAUUCUCAUUUUGCAUAAUGAGUCUAGUGUUGCUUUAUAAAAACUGAUAGGCCUCCUUUUUCUAAAUAGCUACUUUCUUACCACUUUUUGAAAGCAAUAUGAAACCAAAUUAUUUCUGAUUGUCACUUUUCAUUAGUUAAUAAAAUGUUGAAAGAGUUAUUGGCAAGGAGAAUAAAAAUUUUUUUCCAAGACA